AUGAAUUUUUUUCACCCAUUACUCUAAAGUCUUCAAUUUAUGCGUUUCAACCUUAGUGGCGAUCGUAAUUAGACUACACUAAAUCUGAUGAAUCCUUCAAUCAAAGUGGAGGAGAACGACUAAGUUCUUCCACCCAUUUACUAAAUGACGUAAUAGGAAAUGCUGUAACGCCAGUUGGUUGAUACAAAUGCAAGAGUUAUGUAAUUCGAUGGAUUGACAAAUGAAAAAGAGAUUCCCAAGACAAUCAACAAGAAAAUAAGUAAAAAAAUAAAUACUUGUGGUCAUCCAGAUAAAGAACAUUAUGCAAAAGGAAUGUGCAAUAAUUGUUACCAUCGAGUUGGUAGAAACAAGCAGCCAUGGCUUUGCUCUCAUAAAAAAUUGUAUGCUUGUGGAUUAUGCUAAAACUGUUACAUUAACCAAUAUAACAAAAAACGUAGAGUCGAAUAUUAAGAUCAGUAGCAGCAACAAGAAUCAGCGUUAAAUAAUUAGGAUAAAUUAGAGAAUUGAAUCUUAUUUCCAAAAUAUUUGUAUUUUUUAAAUCUUACCAAGUCAUCUA